AUGAAGAACAGCAUCGCUCUUCUGGCCUUGGCCGCCGGUGUCAGCCAGGUCACUGCUACCGGCUGGAACAAGUUCCCUUCUUUCACCUGCCCCGAGAACACUGACAACAAGUGUGAAGAGAAGCAGAAGGGUGGCUUCUCGUGGGGCGACUUGACCCCCGGAUCGUUCAGCAACUACGGUGGAUUCGACUUCAAGGGCUGGACCUGCGAAAAUGAUUUCUCCAAGCGCGAUCUUCUCGCCCCUCGCACCUUCGGCAAGGGCAAGGUUAUCUCCGGCUCUUGCGGUCAGAAGAAGGAGACCUCUCCUUCUUUCGGCUGCGGAUCUAGAUCCGGCUCCCCUGACAAGUUCUCCAUCAUCCACUUCGACGUUACCGUCGAGUUCGACUGCGACCUUGAGUUCCACUACGACAUGCCUGACGGCUCUAGCUGCAAGCACCGCUCUGCUUGCUCCAAGUCUGGUACUACCGUCAAGAACUCCCAGUGCGGUGGUGCCAAGAACGUCACCAUCGUUUACCCCAACCAGCCUUCCAAGCCCAAGUCCACCUGCGGCGUUGGCAUUCACACCAUCAACUUCGACUGCGAGCCUCCCAAGACCACCACGCCUCCCAAGACCAGGACCAGCGUUAUCAAGACCUCCGCCACUACCCUGAGCACCGCUCACACCAAGCCUGUCAAGACCACCUCCGUCCCCGAGGUUGAGACCACCACCAAGCCCGGCGUGCCCACCGGCCCCAAGGAGACCGUCUCCUCUGAGCUUCCCUCUAUUUCCAUCCCCGGCAAGGAGUCGACCACUGCUGUUGUUCCCUCCGUCACCAAGCCUGCCGAGUCUGAGACCAAGCCCGUUGAGUCUGAGACCAAGCCUGCUGAGUCCGAGACUAAGCCUGUUGAGACCACUCCUGGUGUUCCUUCCGUCACCAAGCCUGCCGAGUCUGAGACCAAGCCCGCUGAGUCCGAGACCAAGCCUGUUCAGCAGACCACCUCCGCCCAGCUGCCUUCCGUCUCUUUCCCCGCCAACAACACCAUCCCCGCCACUCUGCCCGUCAAGGAGACCGAGACCGAGGUUGUCCCCGUCCCCACUACUCCUGCCGUUCCUGAGACCAAGACUACCGUCUACGACACCACCUCUACUGUCUACACCACCCGUGUCGAGACCGUCACCUCUUGCGCUCCUGAGGUUACCAACUGCCCCGCUGAGUCUCGCACUGUUGUUGUCGUCACUGCCACCGUCCCUCUGACCACCACCGUCUGCCCCGUCACUGAGACCAUUGUCCACACUCCCGGCGUCACCCCCUCCGUCCCUGCUGGCAAGCCUUCCAAGCAGGUCUCCUCCGAGAAGCCCGUUCUCUCCAGCUCGGUCACCAAGCCUUCCGCUACCAUCCCCUCCGGCCCCAUCGAGACCCUUCCUUGCCCUGAUGUCGUUCCCCAGUGCUUGAGCACCUGGAUCUGGUCUUCUGGCUGCACCGACAACUCCGACUCCAGCUGCUACUGCCCUGACGCUGCCUUCGUUGAGAACGUCUUCUCUUGCAUCUACGCCUACGGUGCUUCCGAUGAGAUCAUCUCCAAGGCCACCGAGUUCUUCCAGGGUAUCUGCGCUCCCCACAUCCCCGAGAACCCUGCCAUCGUCACCGUUCCCGCCACCCUGACCUCUGCCAUCACUGUCACGGCCACCAGGCCCGCUGCCACCAACCCCGCCGAGUACACCACUGUCACCGUUGACAAGACCAUUGUCGUUCCCUGCGUCACUGAGGGCACCACCGUCCCUGGCUCUUCCACCACCGCCGUCAUCAAGACCACCAUCCAGGUCCCCCACGUCUCCUUCGCCACCGACUCUGCUUCCCAGGUCGUCCCCGUCCCGGCUCCCUCUACCCCUGCCGCGACUGUCUCUACCCAGGCUCCUGAGGCUCCUUACCCCACUACUCCUGCCGCCGGUGCCAGCAAGACCACCCCCGUCGGCACUGGCGCUGUCGUCCCCUCCACCACCGGCGUUGUCGUCGCUGGUGCUGGCAAGACCACCUUCGGCAUUGCUGCCGUUGUUGCUGCUGCUGUCCUCGCUGCUUUCUAA